CUUCAUCUCGCCACAACACCAUGACCAAAACCCAACCAGACUCUCCAGCUUCAAAACCUCACGAUCAGGAAUCAUCAGGUCUAGUACCAUCAUCACCGGGUCCGUCUACCCCCAUAACCCAAUCAUACACCUACCAUUCUCCAACACCCACCGCUACCGGUCCUUACAUCCUAGGCGUGGACGAAGCAGGACGAGGUCCAGUACUCGGGCCUCUCAUUUAUGGAGUUGCAUAUUGUCCUGAAUCAUACAUGGAAGAGUUGGAAGGACUUGGAUUUGCUGAUUCAAAGACACUCACAGCAGCAACACGUUCAACACUGCUAAAGACGCUACGUUCCGAUGAGGAGAAUCUAGGAUGGUCAGUUCGAGUGAUAUGCCCACAAGCCAUCUCAAGUGGCAUGCUCCGUCGACCACCAAUAAACCUCAAUCGGCAGUCUCAAGAAGCCACAGUUAUGCUGAUCCAGGAGAUACUCAAGAAAGGCAUAGCCCUAUCAGAAGUCUACGUCGACGCACUAGGAAACACAACAACAUACCAGGCCUACCUCUCUUCUCAAUUUCCAAAUAUCAACUUCACCGUAGAGUCAAAAGCAGAUUUCAAGUUCAAGAUCGUAGGUGCUGCAAGUGUAGCUGCAAAAGUCACUCGAGACGCCUGUCUGGAGGAGUGGACAUUUGAAGAACCGGGUUAUACUCCUCCCAAUGAAGCAGAACUUGGAUCUGGAUACCCGUCGGGUCAGUCCAUCGUCUCAACUUUCGCUACAGUCUAUUUUAUUUCAAAGGCCCACUCCUCCCCAGACCCUAAAACACAAGCUUGGCUCAAAAACUGCCUCGAACCUACCUUUGGCUUCCCCAAAGUGGUGAGAUUUUCCUGGACUACAGUCAAGGUAUUGUUAGAAAAGGAGGCCUACCGGGUGAAAUGGAUGGACGAGGGCCAAGCUUCAUUGAUCAAAGCAUUCGAAAGCGGUCAGGGACUGGACAAAGAUCGUUGUUUGUUGACAAAGGAGUUGGGUAUCAGAAGUAUCGGAACGUUUUAA